AUGAAGGAAGCACAGGUAGCAAAAGACCUUUCGGUCACCAUCAAGGAUGUCGCCGUUCCCGAGCCACAAGCCAACCAAGUCGUCAUCAAGGUCGUCUAUUCGGGCAGUAACCCCAAAGACUGGAAAAUCCCCGCCUACGACAUGAAGCCCAACUUCAACACCGGCGACGACAUCGCCGGCUACGUCCACAGCGUCGGUGCCAACGUCUACGAGUUCAAACCCGGAGACCGCGUCGCUUCCUUCCACGAGAUGAUGACACCGGGUGGUUCCUUCGCCGAGUACGCAGUAGGCUGGGCGCACACCACCUUCCAUAUCCCAUCUUCCGUGUCCUUCGAGCAGGCAGCGACCCUGCCCCUUGCUGCCAUGACAGCAGCCAUCGGACUGCACCAACGCAUGGGCUUGCCUGACCCGUGGACUCCGGCGCAGGAACCCACGCCGCUUGUUGUGUAUGGCGGUGCGAGUGCAGUGGGCGCAUAUGCGAUUAAACUAGCAUCACGCGCAAACAUCCACCCCAUCAUCGCCGUAGCAGGAAGAGGAGAAAAGUUCGUCGAGGGACUUAUCGACCGCUCGAAGGGCGACACUAUUGUCGAUUACCGAAAAGGUGAUGAAGCGGUUGUAAAGGGCAUCAAAGAUGCGCUCAAGGGACAGAAACUGCAUUAUGCGUAUGACGCCGUGUCGGAACACAACUCCUACACGAACAUCGUGCAGGUGCUAGAGCCCACGGGCAAGCUCACGCUUGUUCUGCCGGGUAAGACGUAUGAAGGUAUUCCUGAGACUGUGCAGCAGAGUCAGGCAAUGGUCGGCUCGGCGCACAAGGAGGAUGCGGAUUACGCGUUCAUUAUGUUCCGGUAUAUGGCGAGGGGAUUGGCUGAGGGCUGGUUCAAGCCGCAUCCGCAUGAGGUUAUUCCUGGUGGCUUGGAGGGAGUGGAGACGGGUAUGAAGAAUCUGAGGGAUGGCAAGGCCAGUGGAGUCAAGUAUGUCUUCAAGAUUGGAGAUGAGAAAUAG